AUGCAGUUCUCAUUCCUUGCCUUUGUUGCUACGCUCGUUACGUUUGUUAUUGCUGCACCCGCAACACAGCUUGAAAGUCGCAACAUUUUCGGUGGAAAAGCUACAUGGUAUUCGGCAAAGAUGAGCGAAGGGAACUGCGGUUGGUGGAGCACUGAUGCUGACCACAUCGUUGCCUUAAACACUCAUCAGUAUGGAAGCACAGACACCCGCAGUAAGCACUGUGGUCGUCUUAUCCGUAUUGUGAACGAAAAGAACAAGAAGGUCAUUCACGCCGUUGUCGCCGACUCGUGUCCCUCAUGCGAACCAAACUCGCUCGAUCUUAGCAAGGGUCUCUUCUCGUUGCUAGCUGAUGGUGAUAUGGAUUCUGGUAUCUUCCCUAUCUCUUGGAGCUUCCUCUCAUAA